AUGAUCAAAUUUCUAAUUUUAAUCUGUCUAAUAAUCAAAACCCAUUCAUGGACUUGGGAUGAUUAUCCAUCCCCUAGAGGACAAGAUUAUUGGAAAUGUGGUGUUUCACACCCAACUUAUGUUUGUGAUCCUGAUGGGAUGUUAACUGAUCAAGAGAGGGAAGAAAUUGUCCACAUGGUUGAGGAUUUUAAGGAGAAAACUAAAAGACCAAAUUCAAUACAUCAAUGUAUGAGAAAAGGUCUCAGACUUGUUGUGGCAUUAGCUAAAGUUAAAAUUGGUCCCUCAAAUGAUUCCACUGUUGACUUUACAGAGUUGUGCGCAAAUAAUACUAGAAGGUGGACAUCAAUUGAUUCAACAAAAUGCGAGUCGAAUGUACAAGGAAUUGAAGUAAAUUUAGAUGGUUUCAGCUAUUGCCGUUGGAUACAUUUAUUUAUGGCACUUCAUAAGGACGAAUAUGAACAGCUUCAACGAACAGGGACGCAUUACUACAAGACUAAUUAUUUUGAUGCACUAAAGGAUUAUAUCAUAAACUUGCGCAUGCUUUACAUAAACCGCUACUCAAUCUUCUAUAAUCCUGAUGUCUCUAAUGAAGAUAAAUGCCCCCAACAACCUUCUAACAACUUAUCAGGAAUAGCGUCAAUCAUAUUUUGUGUAAUUAUUAGCUUGGUGCUUGUAGUUUUAUUUUAUCGAAUUCAUCAACUUGAAAAUUAUUUUGAUAAGAGCAAAGCUUCACAAACUGAAAUGAAAUUAAUAAUGCCAAUGCACAGUUGAAGUUUUUGAAGAUAAGAAGGAUAGGAUGGAGGAAAUCGAAGAAUUUUCAAAAAUUUAUUAAACCCUAACAUUAAAAGUUUAUUGUAAGAUACACUUGUGGUUCGGAAAUUUGUAUUUCAUAACGAGGGUAUUCUAGAGGGUACUCUUGAGCAAUUAUCACAACCAUUGACCUAUUAAAUGAUAUAUCUCUUAAAAUAUUUGCAUCAGGGCUGUCACGUGUUGAAAAAAAGUCGUGUCGCGUUUCGGGUAACUCGUGACAUCUCUGAUCUGUAUUUAGUAUUGGGCGAAUUUUGCAAGGAGGUUAUCUUAAAUUAUGGAGUAAUAUCUAAAAUUACUGACAGUUAGGGUUGGCGGCUUUUAGGAACUCUCCGGACAUGGAACGGUAGCUCUAUCCAAACCGAGAAUUUACGGAUAUCUGGCCUUUUUCAGUUCCGAAUACCUGGAACUACUAACUUUACUCUCAACCUUGCCUUAAACUUACUCCAACCUUACUCCAAUU